UUUCCACUGUGAACUGAACCUGCUCGCUCACCGUCGACAGUUUCAAUAAACUUUAUUGGUAGCGGUUCUUUGCGUAACAUGCCAAACAUGGGGGCACGGGUAGCGCGUAUGUUCAGAAAUUUCAACCUAGAAAACCGGGUACACCGAGAAAUAUCUAAGGAAAAGCCACGAGUAGCACCCCGACACGGGACCACACUCCCGCCCUCCGCCGCCAGCUCUCACGCCGUGGAGACAGCGGAAACCGUGAACCAGAGGAACGACCCUCUGCUGACCCUGCUCAGGGCCGUGUAUGUGGAGUCUACAGACCCAGCAGCAGAGGCACCAAAGGAAGCGGUGGCGGACCAAGCAGCGGAGCGGCGGCCGCUGAGGUUCAGUUUACCGGGGGACCUUUACGGCCUGGUGGAGCUCACAGACGUUCCUAAAGGCAAACUGACCAUCGCUGAGGCUCUGAAGGCCCUGAGCAGCCACCACCGUCAGCCCCAGACAUGGACGCCGGGAAAGAUCGCCCAGGAAUAUUCUCUGGACUUAAAGGACACAAAAGCUCUUCUAGAGUUCUUCAUCCCCUUCCAGGUUCAGAUCAUACCACCCAAGUCUGAAAAUGCCAAGCAGAUCAAGGCUUCUUAGGACUGCACUGUAGGAGAAUGGUAGACAAUCGACAGAAUAUGACUCACUCCACUUAUUAUGUACAGAAAUGCAUUGGGAGAGUCACUCAAGUUUCUGGAGCCUGGGGUCUGGACCCAAGGGGGGUUUCUAGAUAUGCAAAUGAAAUCCAUGGGAUCAGGGGAAGUUUUAUUGAUAUUUAGCCAAUCUCGGAACCCGUCAGCUAUCGCUCAAAUGAUGAUUCAGCC